AUGGCCGAAUCGGUCCCGCUACGUAUCGGUGGCGUCCAGAGGCGUGGUAGAUUCGUCGUUGAGGAGGCGGUGGAUUCCGAAGGCGUAGCAGCGUCCCACAUCUACCACACCAGAGUCUCCUACCGUGACUGUUGCGGUGAUGGUUCCGGAAGCGUCUGUUGUGAUGCUUCGGUGAAGUCUACGGCCA